CCUUCGAGAGAUCGGUAUGCUGCAGAGUACGUGUUGGAGGUGGCUUCUUAGAGUCUGAUUUCCUCAACUUCGUUAGUGCAUGUCAGAGAAGUCUCCAAGGUCCGAUCCUCCUCGAGGUACUUCAUGGUCUGGUGUUGUCGUCAAACAGCCGAUUUUAGUUGACCACAAGUGGGGUAUUCCCUGAUUCUCUAUGCUCUGAACUUGUCUACGUUUGCAAUCGAUACUAAGCCGCUACCACCAUGACACUGCCACCCGAACGUAUCAUUCAAAACUCAGGACUCCUGCAAACUCGCGGACUAGUUACGCACAUGCCAAAUGAAAUGGACUUGGCACUGCCCUCUCACAACAUGUUUUCGGCCAGUUCGCAUACCUUGCCCACCAUAGACCUGCACUCCGCACAUCUAGGAGAGCAAGUAGUAUCUGCAUGCCGGGACUGGGGGUUUUUCCAAGUUCACAACCAUGGCAUCCCGCCGGAGCUUCUCAACAGGCUGCGGGCACACGCUCACUGUUUCUUUGAGUUACCAUUGCAACAGAAAGAACGAGUAGCCGCAUGUAAGUCGAAUAAUUUCUACGGCUAUGGCGUCUCCAAGGCACGUACAUACUUCCCUAACGACUGGAUGGAGGCCUUUGACAUGGAGUGGACGCCCAUCUCACGAGUGCGCCGACACGUGCAGCAAGUCGGGCUAGCGCACGCUCGAUACGAGGAUUUUUGUGGCGCGGUGGAGGACUACGCCUCAAAGACGGAGAAGCUAGCCGUGCGGCUGACAGAGCAGGUAGCGUUGGGACUUGGACUCGACGCCACAGCGUUCUCUCGGCACUUCGAAGAAUCGACCACUUCUACUGUCCGCAUGAACUACUACCCCCCACAUCCGAACCCUUCCCGAACGCUGGGCAUCUCGCCUCAUUCCGAUUUCAACAUCUUCACAAUUCUGCUGCACGACACCGUGCCCGGGCUGCAAGUUCUCAAGGACGGCAAAUGGAUCACCGUGAAGCCAAGCCCGGACACGUUAGUCAUCAACGUCGGGGAUACUUUUCAGGCGUGGUGUAACGGGAGAAUCAAGAGCGUGAUGCACCGGGCACUCGUAAACGCAACCGAGCCUCGAUUGACGGUAGUGCACUUCUUCGGCCCUCACCCUGACACGAUGAUCGUGCCUCCGGCGGCAUUGGUAGACAACGAUAAUCCUCUGCGUUACAGGAGCUUUGCAUACAAGGAAAUGGUGGAGCAGAUCAUGCACAUCCGCGGCAAGAGCGUGUUCGAGAGUCCCCUCACGUCAUUCCUUCUGUAAACUGCAGCAUCCAUGGAUUCCAUAGUCCCUCAAAGCGUGAAUAACUCUCUGAGCUUCACAACAACCUCUGAAAGGGGAAAUGGAGUCCCAAAGGUGUUUUAGGUUUAGGGUUUAACCCCCUCCCCCCCAGGAGCCCUCACAUCGCCACACAUGCUCAGCACAAGCUUUGCAUACACACUCCCUGAUAUCUCACACUGUGACAUCGUGAAUCAGGCUUGUAAAUACAAUGAUCGUUUGAUUAACAUCUCAUAGUGUCUACCUUUUCUGUACUUAUGAAGAGAUAUUUUCUAAUUUACUUAUGAAGUUUUAUUUGUUUGCUAAAUAUAUUGUUGUUAUAUUGUUGCUAAAUAUA